AUGGAUAUUGCCUUCGAAUUGGCUUGUGAGGCACUCAAAUGUAACGAAGUUCCAGUAGGAUGUGCUUUUGUUUAUAAUGGAGAAGUAAUUGCAUCUGGUCGCAACGAAGUGAAUGCAACUAGAGAUGCUACUCAACAUGCCGAGAUGGUUACUAUUAGACGACUGGAACAAUGGUGUCGAAAUAACGAGAAGGAGCUUGACAAGGUUUUGACCGAAUGCGACCUUUUUGUUACAGUGGAACCCUGUAUUAUGUGUACGGCUGCUAUACGGUUUUGUCUUCCAGCUCAUCUGAGAAGUAUUACAUACGGUGCUCGUAAUGAACGGUUUGGUGGAUGUGGUUCAGUCCUAAGUGUACACAAUUCUCCUAGUCCAGUCGCUCCGCUAAACUGCAUAUCCGGUGUUGAAGCGGAGGCAGCUGUUAAACUGCUAAAGAAGUUCUAUGAACAAGAAAACGAAAAUGCUCCCGAAGAACUUCGAAAACGCAAGCGUGUGACGUAG